AGCCCUAAAUAAACCCUACUCGAAAUCGAACACGACGGCUUGAUUUGGAGACACUUCUCUUGAGACAGGACAUUCAAGUGGUGGUGAUGGAGAUCGAUUUGGGAGCAAACGCGUUCGGUAUAGACUUCCAUCCAUCGAAGAAUCUUGUAGCUGCUGGUCUCAUUGAUGGACACUUGCAUCUAUACCGUUACGACACAGAGUCUUCACUUGUCAGGGAGCGUAAAGUUCGUGCUCAUAAGGAGUCUUGCAGAGCUGUUCGGUUCAUUGACGAUGGCCAAAGAAUCGUCACAGCUUCAGCUGAUUGCUCUAUUCUAGCCACUGAUGUGGAGACUGGUGCUAGUGUUGCACGUCUUGAGAAUGCUCACGAGGAUGCUGUUAAUACUUUGAUAACUGUCACUGAGACAACCAUCGCUUCUGGGGAUGAUAAAGGCUGUGUUAAGAUUUGGGAUACGAGACAGCGCUCUUGCUCUCACGAGUUUAAUGUACAUGAGGAUUACAUUUCUAGCAUGACCUUUGCAUCUGAUUCAAUGAAGCUAGUGGCAACAAGUGGAGAUGGGACUCUAUCUGUCUGUAAUCUCAGAACGAAUAAAGUCCAAGCUCAGUCCGAGUUUUCUGAAGACGAACUGCUUUCUGUUGUUAUAAUGAAGAAUGGCCGUAAAGCCAUCUGUGGAACUCAAAAUGGUAUUCUCAUGUUGUAUUCAUGGGGAUUUUUCAAAGAUUGUAGUGAUCGGUUUGUUGAUCUAUCUCCAAACUCAGUUGAUGUCCUAUUAAAGCUUGAUGAGGAUAGACUUAUCGCUGGAUGUGAUAAUGGAAUAAUCAGCCUCGUUGGAAUACUACCCAACAGAAUCAUACAGCCAAUUGGGUCUCACGAGUUCCCUAUCGAAGAUCUCGCUCUCUCGCAUGAUAACAAGUUUCUUGGUAGCACAGCUCAUGACAGUAUGCUCAAGCUGUGGGAUCUAGACGAGAUUAUAGAAGGUGCUAAUGGAAACGCAUCGGGAGCUGCAGAAGACAGUGACAGCGACAACGAUGGAAUGGACCUUGACAAUGAUCCCAAGCCUUCCAAAGGUAGCAAGAGGAAAACAAAAAGCAAAGCUGCUAAUCCAGUGGACAACAGAGCUUUCUUCGCAGACAUGUAGCUUUUGUUUCAGAUUUAUCUGGAAAAAAUAUACCAGAUUCAUACUUGAGUUAUCUAUGUUUGAUUCUGACAGUGUUCUUAACCGAUAUUAUCUUUUCUCAAUGUUUCACCCAUUACAAUUA